AUGAGAAAUCGUUUAAAAAGCAUAAACAAGCAUUCGUUUUCGUUUUAUGCUAGUGUUCCAAAGCGCUACGCAUGUCAUUAUGUUUGGCCAAACAAAUUAAACAGCACUACGGAUAAACAUUCUAACGCUAAAAGAAGGUUUCUGUACGUAAUUUUUGUUCAGCAUCAACAAGAAAAGGUUGGAAAAAUGAGCAACGUCAAGAAAGUUAAAAUCAACAGUGACGUGUUCUGGGUCUGCGAAGAUCACGCUCUGUCUACAGAAAGGGAGGAGAUAAUGGGCCUUCUGAUGGGUUGUGAAAACAACGGAGUUAUUGAGAUCUCGGCCAUAAAAAUGCUAGAACGAUCAGACAAGAGGAAAGACAGGGUGGAAAUUUCCACGAAUCAGUUGGUCAGCGCAGCUGAAGAGGCAGAGACGCUGAAAGAAAAACAUGGCAUGGAUAUGAGGGUAGUUGGCUGGUACCAUUCCCACCCACACAUCACGGUGUUACCUUCAGUAGUUGAUAUUCGUACUCAAGCAUCUUAUCAACAAAUGGAACCUUCAUUUGUGGGCUUGAUUUUCUCCGUAUUUCCAGGCCAAGAUGGCGCAAAAGAAACUCAACAGCUGAAAGUAAUUUGCUUUCAAAGUUAUGGCGAAUCCAAGUUGGAAGUUGACUUGGAAAUCGUGCCAAAUAAGGGUAUCCAGGAAAUAUUUGAAGAAUCGGUUCUUGGACUGCCAAAAAUACUGUUUCGAGAAGAAACUGAGCAGUACAAACACCGCAUUGAAGCUGAUGGACUCAGUGAUCUGUCCAAACAUCAGAACGAGUCUGUGUAUGUCUCCUCUGUUUUCAACAUGAUGUCUGUGAUUGAAGCUCCUGCCAUCGAAACUCUGGUCGAGAGAAAUGGCAUCCUGCGGCAGCAGAUCAAGUACAUGAAGAGCAAGAGAUCACCCACAAUCGAACUAAAUUAGGACUGAUUGGAGCAGACAGAGUCCACCCCCACAGACUGACAGGUACCUUUGGACCAAAGUAAUUAUAGUCGAGCUUUAAUAAAGCAUAUUCCAUUGAUUGUGAAACAAAAUAGGAUUUAUUGAACAAA